AUGGCACUGCCGUCGAAUAUUUUGAUUGUGGGAGGUGGUGUCUUUGGCUUAUCCACGGCCCUUUCACUUAGCAAACGUCAUCCAGACUCGCAAAUAACCCUAAUUGAAAGCGCUCCCACCAUUCCCAACCCGCACGGCUCUUCUGUUGAUACUAGCCGGAUUGUUCGAGCUGACUACGCAAACAGCGCCUACUCCAAGCUCGCUGCUUCUGCUAUCCAGAAAUGGCGCAGUACAUCUUGGGGUGCUGACGGUCGGUAUACGCAGACUGGCCUGUUACUAGUGUACCCUGCCAACAGCGCAAGCGCAAAGAAAUACGCGGAGAAGAGCUACGCAAAUGUGCGGGCGAUCGAGGGCGACAACGUCGUUUACUUGCCAACGAAGAAAGACGUCCUAGGUGUUGUACCGCCGUACGGUGAGACACUGGAUGUUGCGGGGGGCUAUGUGAACUGGGGCUCUGGAUGGAGCGAUGCGGGAGCGAGUGUAAACUUCAUCAAGAGGGAACUGGACAAGGAGAAAAAAGUGGUUUUUAAACACGGCGAUGUGAAGCGAGUCCUCUUUGAUUCUGCGUCCGGGUCGAAGAAACGCGCUACCGGGGUCGAGUUGGUCGAUAGAGAAACGAUCAACGCUGACCUGGUCAUUCUUGCGACGGGCGCCUGGACUCCUCGACUGGUGGAUCUGCGUGCUAAGGCCGUCGCGACAGGUCAGGCGAUUGCGUAUAUCAAGAUCAGUGAUGACGAGCAGCGAGAGCUUGAGAAUUUGCCGACUAUCCUUAAUUUUGCGACUGGCAUUUUCAUUAUCCCGCCGCGGAAUAACCUCCUCAAGAUUGCGCGGCAUGCGUAUGGGUACCGGAACCCGACGACGGUGCCGGUGCCUGGGUCGCAGUCUGGAGAGACGAUGCAGGUUAGUCUGCCUGAGACGGGGGUGCCGGUGCCGUUAGAAGGAGAGGAGGCGUUCCGUGUUGCGCUGAGACAGCUUCUGCCACGGUUCGCAGAUCGGCCGUUUGCCGGCACGAGAAUUUGUUGGUAUACUGACACCCCGGAUGGUGAUUUUAUUGUUUCGUAUCACCCUGAGUACGAGGGCCUUUUCCUGGCUACCGGCGGCAGUGGACAUGCUUACAAGUUCUUCCCUGUUCUUGGAGACAAGGUUGUUGAUGCAUUGGAGGGUACGCUGGAGCCUGAAUUGCGAGCGCUAUGGGAAUGGACCGAGGUGAUACCGCCGACAUCUGCCUCCGAGGAUCUGUUUGAUGGUGAUGGUAGUCGGUCUGGCGAACGAAACUUGAUCCUGAAAGACGAGUUGGCAAAAACCAAAAAAGCUGGCAGGAGCAGUGUUCUAUAA